AUGUCAAAUACACAAAAGAGGCUCGAAGCAGUAAAGCAGCAGUUGUCACCUGAACAAGAAUAUCAGGAUGCUGUUGAUCCUAUUCGUAGUAUGAACGAAGAACGAGCAAAGGCAGCUUUUGAUAUACGUAGUCUGACAUAUUUACUGGACGGUGGUGAGAAAAAUACUUUUCUCAAGGAAAAAAUUAUGCAAGAGCUAGAAAGAGAUCCAUUAUUUAAAAUGGAUGAUAUAUUUGACCUUACAACGUCUGAAGUUCGUGAACGCACAAUGGCAAAGUUUCGCAGUAUGCUUCACCAUCUUCAAAAUGAACCUGUAGAUCAGUUCAAAAAACGUAUGGAAAUUGUUAGUUUAGUUGAUCCAGGUUUUUGGACAAGAUUUGGCGUACACUAUGGUCUAUUUGUCGGAGCAUUACAAAGUAAUGCAACACCCGGACAACUAGGAUACUGGUUUGAAAGAGGCGCCCUAUCACUAAACAAUUUUGUUGGUUGCUUUGCUAUGACAGAGCUUGGCCAUGGAUCUAAUGUUCCCGGACUUGAGACGACAGCAACAUUCGAUGAAGCUUCCGAUCAAUUUAUUAUUCAUACGCCUACACUUACUGCUACAAAGUGGUGGAUUGGCGGUGCAGCUCAUUCUGCUACUCAUGCUGCCGUUUUUGCACAAUUGAUUGUCAAGGAGAGAAGAUAUGGAACCAAGUGUUUCGUGGUGCCUUUACGUGAUCCCAAGACAUACAAUUUGCUGCCUGGUGUCAAUAUUGGCGAUAUCGGCAAAAAAAUGGGCAGGGACGGCAUUGAUAAUGGCUGGAUUCAAUUUACACAUGUUCGUAUUCCUAGAGGCUAUAUGUUACAAAAGCAUACCAAAGUAUCUCGAACAGGUCAAGUGAAGGAACCAAAGCUGCAACAACUGACAUAUGGUGCGUUAUUACAAGGAAGAGUAACCAUGGUAGCUGAUAGUGGACAUGUAUCCAAGAAGGCACUUAGUAUUGCUAUCAGAUAUGCCGCCGUCCGUCGACAAUUUGCUCCUUCUGGUGCAAAUGGCAUUGAAACAAAGUUACUAGACUAUCCAAUCCAUCAACGCAGAUUGAUGCCUCUACUUGCCCAAACUUUUGCCAUGUUAUUUACUGGAACAGAAAUGACUGAAAUGUACAAUUCAAUGAUGGCAAGAUUAGAUGGUGCAAGAGAAGGUGACCAAGAUUUGGAUGAAGUGAUGGAAAUGCUGAAAGAGACCCAUUCUACUAGCGCUGGCUUAAAAGCAUUCUGUACCUGGAACUGCUUGUCCACUAUUGAAGCAUGCCGACAAUCAUGUGGUGGCCAUGGCUAUUCCGCAUACACAGGUCUGGCAAGUAUGUAUCAAGACUUUGCAGUACAAUGUACCUGGGAAGGCGAUAAUACUAUCUUAACAUUACAGCUUGGUCGCUACCUUAUCAGCAGUUACCGUGAAGCCCUUAAUGGAAAGAAACUCUCACCUGGUGUUGGCUAUUUGAACAAUCUUAAUAAGCUCAUUGGAAAGCGAUGCAAUGCAAAGGCUCUUGAAGAUGUUUUAGAUCUUGACACAAUCAGCGAAGGAUGGCAAGUAGUUUGUGCUCACGUAGUCAAGAAUGCAGCUACCGAAUUUGAAGAGUGCCUCAAAAGAGGUCUAAACGCUGAUGAUGCUUACGAGCAGUGCUCGCAAGCCCGUCUUUAUGCUGCCAAACUUCAUUCAUUUAGUUAUCUCUUUAACCGUUUUGCAGAUGCGGUCAAAAAGACAACUGGCGACUUGCACGUCAUUUUGAGAAAAAUCUGUCUCUUGUACGGCCUUUAUACCAUUGAAGAAAACGCUGGUGCGUUUUUACAAUUUGAAUAUUUUACACCUGCGCAAAUCGAGUUCGUUCGUGCUAGUGUCAACAAUCUCUGUAAAGAAGUGCGUGAGCAGGCUAUUCCUUUAGUUGAUUCCUUCAACCUGACGGACUACAUCAUCAACAGUCCACUUGGCCGUAAAGAUGGCAAUGUUUAUGUUCAUUACUUUGAGCAGGUGAAGCGAUCUAAUCCACAGAGCGAACAUCCUUACUUUGAUCGUUUGAUCAAGCCACUAAUACAGAGAUCAACUGAAGAAAAUGAUUAUGAAGAGGAACUUGCAGGCUUAGAAGAUGAUGAUGAAGAUGAAGAGUAG